AUGGUCUGCCAGGACUUGGUUACCAACUACGCCGGGCUGCUUACCACCCGCUUUUUCCUUGGCGUCUUUGAGGCUUCCAUGUUUCCUGGUAGCAUGUACCUGAUUAGUGUCUGGUACAGCCGAGACCAAAUACAGAGCCGAUUUGCCAUCUUCUCCGCAUUCAUCAUGUUGGCUUCUGCCGGUAGCGGGCUACUUGCAUUGGGUAUCGCCAAAAUGGACGGCAUCGGUGGCAAAGCUAGCUGGCGAUGGGUCUUCAUUCUAGAAGGUAUUGUGAUGCUUUUUGUUGGUGUCGCCGCGUUUUUCGUUGUCUGCGACUUUCCUGACCAGGCGAAGUGGUUGACAGAGAGCGAACGAGCCUUUCUCCAGACCCAUCCCAAGACGGAGGAAAAGGCCAAGGACACAAUUAUUUUCCGUGAUUUGGUUGAUUUGUUCAAGAAACCGCACAAUUAUUUUAUGGGAUUUGCAAAUUGCGCCAUGAUUACCCAAGGAUAUGCUUUUGCCUACUAUACUCCAUCUGCCAUCAAAACCUUUGGAUACAGUACUAUUCAGAUCCAACUGCAUUCCGUGCCUCCAUAUGCAGCCGCUAUAGGUUGGUAUCUGACCAAUUUGAACGGGCGCAAGGAGCCUGCCAUCGGAUCGGGUUACCUUGGAUCCAUGGGCAACUUGGGCGGCUUCUUUGCCCCUUUUAUCUUUUCGUCCGAUACCAAGACCCAAUACCGACCCGGAUUUAUUGUCUGUCUCACCAUGUCUGUUGUGGGGCUUACUGGAGUGACGCUCUAUGGAUUCAUGAUGCUGCGCAAGAGGCGAAGGCUGCUAAGGAAUGGUGAAAUAGGCACCUAG